AGAAAGAGAGUAAAAAAAAACUGAGUGUUCACUUUUGAGUUGUAGUUCCAUCUUUGAACUGCAACUCUAAAAUACAAAAUAUUGAGUGUGAGUGUGAGAGUAAAUUUCUAGUAGCAAGAUCAUCAAGCGGUGAUUGAAAAGAAAUCUCACCAUUGCUCCACAACAUCAAUUCAUCCGCAGCCCAAUCCAAACACGUUCUCGUUACCGGGAGCAGACUGUUUCUCAACCAACCUCAAUGGCAACCACUCCUGACCUGAAUGCGAGCAAGACCAUGGAACAGAGGAUCGAAUCUUUGGAAGGGAAUGUGAGUCAGAUUCUGAAUUUGCUUAAGGCCCUGAAACCCCCAGGAAAAGAUGCAGAAAUUCCAAGUGAAGAAGAAAUUGAGAAGGAGGAACCUGAAGUUGAGAUUGUGAGUUCAAAAGAUCCUCAAGCAAAGGAGGCUAAUAGUUAUGCUGGAAAGGUUAGUGAAGAAGAAGCUAAAAUGAUGAGCAAAAUGGAGAUAUUGGAACAGAAAGUGAGGGCUAUGCAAGGUAUGGAAUCCUAUGGAAGUUUAGACAUGCAAAGCUUCUAUCUAUUUCCUGACAUGGAGAUCCCACCAAAAUUCAAAGUUCCAGACUUUGAAAAGUUUGAAGGGAGAUCAGACCCCGUGAUUCAUCUCACUAUGUAUGCGCGUAGCAUGGCUGCUUACUACCAAAAUGAGAAGCUGAUGAUACAUUGUUUCCAACAUAGUUUGACUGGCGGAGCCUUGAAUUGGUUUUUGCAUCUUGACAAAAACCAAACAAAGACCUGGCGUGGUUUGGCAGAGUUAUUUGUGAAGCAAUACCAAUACGUGACUGAUAUCACUCCAGACAGAUUUGAGCUGCAAAGAAUGAAGAAGGCAGAGAAGGAGUCAUUCAGAGAAUAUGCCCAGAGGUGGAGGGAGAAGGCUUCUCAAGUUUAUCCUCCCUUGAGUGAAAAGGAGAUUGCUAGAGUCUUUGUGCAGACUCUGGAAGGUCCAUAUUUUGAGAGAUUGGUAGGUUGUGUCACAAACCGAUUCGCUGAUAUUGUCAUUGUAGGGGAACAGGUGGAAGAUGCUAUUAGAGAAGGGAAGUUGAACGGAGCAAAUGCCCAAUUGGACAAGCAGAAAAAGUCAAUGUUUCAGAAAAAAGAGACAAAGGUUCACAUGGUUGGCACUCAUCAUUAUCCCUCCCAUCAGCCAAAUUAUCAACCUUCAUCAUACGCCAUCUCAUUCGCAAAAAAUGCACCUACAACCCAAAACCAGCCCUACGAACCAAGAAAGGAAAGACCAAAAAUAGAUCCAGUUCCAGGUACCUACUCAGAAAUUUAUGAUACUUUAUUGAAGGGAAAUAUGAUAGCUCCUGAGGUACCACAACAAGUCUCCAACCCUCCCCCGAAGUGGUAUAAUCCAGCUGAAAAUUGCAAGUACCACAUGGGAGCGCCUGGGCAUACAAUCGAGAAAUGUUGGACCUUCAAAAAUCGGGUGCAAAAGUUGAGGGAUGCUGGUUAUCUGAAUUUCGAAGAGAAGCAUACACCGCUUGCAGGAUCGAGUGUUGAAAAUGACCCGUUGAUGAAGCAUUGAAAGUGGUUGGCAACGUCUAGUUUUUUGUUUUGAUUUUUUUUUUAUUUAUUCUCAUUUUGAAUGUACUUGCGUACUUCUUUUGCAUCAGUAAUAAAAUUAUCGUCUUUUUGCUCAUAUUAUUUUGCAAUUUACUCAAAGGAAAAAGUGAAAAAUGGAAAUAGUGAAGAGGAUUAAAUGCGCCAAGGUUAAAAGUGUUGUCCUAAAGUUUUUCUAAAAAAUAAGCAAUCAUUUUUGAAAUGAGGUUUGGCCAUGUUUCUCUACCCAAAGGUAAAAAAUAACAAUAUUUGACCCUUGCCACCCACUUUGAGCCUAAAAAUGGAAUUUCCUUCAUUUAACCUUGGACAAGGAUUGUCCCUACAAUGGGGGCUAGUGCGAUAUUUUCAGAAGUCGGUUAAUGCCCUCACAUUGGGGGCUGACCUAGUUUCGGAUCAAUUCAAUCUUUUUUUGAUAGCAAAAGAAAAAUAAAGCAAAAAAGAAAAAAAAUAGAAAGAAAAAAAAGAAGAAAAAAGAAGAAAAGUAAAAGAGCAAAAGGAAAAGCAAAGAAUGAGAAAAGUGAGAUUUAUAAAUGAAUAUUCUAUAUCCAAAAACUGGCGCUAGAGAAUCCUUUGUCUCAAUUAACCCUUAAACACUUCUUGAGCCUUUAAUAUCCUUUUCUUUCACUACCCUUCUACCCACUGGCCAUGUUACAAGCCGAAUAAAGUCCAUUCUGAUCAAAGAUUGAUUGCUCUUGUUUCUUAAACUUUAAUUUUAGGACAACACAUUUACACUUGUGCAUCUUUUCUCCUUGAAAAAAAAAAGAAAAAAGAAAAAAAAAAGGAAAAAAGAGAAAAAUGAGAGUCAAUUGAAAUAUUUUUGAAGUGAUAGGAGUAAAAUUUUGAUCAAUAGUCUGAAGCAAGGAUUGUCAAGGAGAUUUAUGGGUCCUGACCUUUUCGCAUGCGCAGCAGAUCGUUGAACUGACCAUCACUUGGGGGCUUGUUGCUCUUGAUCUAUUCCCAACACAAUAAGAAUAAUGGGGAGACAUUUCUCGUGGCUUGUUACCACCCUCUAAAAAUCCUUUACUUGAAAACAAUCCUUUUAUCUAUCCACUAGGUGUUGUGCUGCAAUGGUGAAAAUAAAACCUUUUUGAAAUUCUGAGAAUGCUACUUUUCCAAAGUAUUUAAAAGAAAAUGUCAAAUUUGGAUUGAUUUUGGAAUACAAUUCAUGAAGCUCCAGUUUUACCCAAAAAAAAAUUUCAUCAUUCCAGGUAUAUAAUUCUCUUUAUCUCGAGCAUUGUGAUGCUUGACUUCUCCUCAAUUAUCUAAUUUGGGGCUUAGCCCAUAGGUACUCGUGCCUAGUUCCCCCUUU